AUGCCCACCCGGGGGCCCCCCCACACCCACGGCUCCCGGGGGGACCUGCAGUUCCGCCCGCCUGGCCCAGGGCCCCCGCCAGGAGCUCCCAGGGCAAGGCCCAGGAAGAUUGUAUUUGAGGAUGAACUGCCCUCCCCGGCCCACCCCUGCACCGAGAAGCCUGUUGAACCCAUCCCUGGGGAGCAUGUGCCCAGGCCCCACCCAGUACCCGACUAUGAGCUCAGUAAGUACCCGCCAGUGAGCAGUGAGAGGGAGCGGAGUUGCUACGCUGCUGUGUUCCAGGACCAGUAUUCAGAGUUCUUGGAGCUCCAGCAGGAGUUGCGCUCUGCACAGGCUAAGCUCCAGCAGCUGGAAGCCCUGCUGACCUCACUGCCCCCACCCCAAAGCCAGAAGGAGGCUCAAGUAGCCGCCAGAGUCUGGAGAGAGUUUGAGAAGAAGCGGACGGACCCUGGCUUUCUGGACAAGCAGGCUCGCUGCCGUUACCUGAAGGGCAAACUAAGGCACCUCAAGGCGCAGAUCCAGAAAUUCGACAGCCGAGGGGACAGCGAGGGCUCUGUGUACUUCUGAGCAUCCUGACAGUGAGCCCACCUUGCGCUCACUUCUCUCUCACCUCCCAGCCUUAGUUCCUGCUCUCCCCCCUCCUAGGGUAGCCUUCCCUGGUUGCAAAUGCCUCAGCCUUUGAGGCUUUGGUCCUGAUGACCCCCUACUCCAGGAAUUCUUCCCAGGACCUCCUCCAGGACCCCCAACCCUGACCCCAUGGGGACCCUAGAUCUCAACUCAUCCUCUGGAAGCAGGUCCUGUUCCCAAUCCCAAUGGAAUAAACAUUUCUUAAAUAUAUACUA